CUUCUCAUAAGAGAAAAUGGUAUCGAAACUCGGAGAUAUGCCUUCCUUCUUGAGCCCGGAGUUAGGUGUCAACGAUGUUACGAAUACCAUGAUGUGCCUGCUGGGAGAAUGGUCGGACAAAUCGGGGGCCGACUUUGGAAGUCGGAGGUCUCGGCCACCAGUGGGCCAGUGGACUGGUUCAUGUCGAAAAGGUGGUGUCCAAUGUGAUACGAACGGUCAAAGAGUAAUAUGGCCAUGGCGAUCGGACCUACAUUUAUUCAUUCCUUCGUUAACUCCGGUCUAUCGUUCAUUUAAAGUCCUAAUACCCUCACUCUUCCUGCUGCGUUAGUUGCGAACCGCUCAUGUCCCGAUAUAAGUCUUCCAUACAACGACUGCUCAAGCAGCGCAGUUUCCACCGUACAGCAUUGGUGUCGUCCAGUAUGACUUCCGCGAUCUUGUAUUCCGCGACAAUAUCCCCGGCGAAAAUUACGGGGGCGGUGCCGGAAGAUGCCCCGGAAUUGGAGCACCAUUUGAAGGGGAAGAAGGGGUUCAGGAAUCCGUGGACAUCGUGGAAGGACAUCACGUUUUGGGGUGCGCUCAAACUCAUAUUCACAGGUGGAAUACCCAAUCCAGAUACCACACAGUGUACGAUCCCAGUUCGCAAGCCUCAAUUCCCCACCACCCGCGAAACCUCCACUCUCCGUGCAACCUGGCUCGGCCACGCCUCCUUCUACGUCGAGUUCCCCUCGGGCUUCCGCGCGCUCUUCGACCCCGUCUUCGAACCCCGGUGUUCGCCCGUGAGCUUCUUGGGACCCAAACGCUACACGCCUCCGCCCGUGGAGGUCGAGGACAUCCCGAUCAUCGACGCGGUGAUCAUCUCGCACAACCACUAUGACCACCUCUCGCUGCCGACGCUGACGAAGAUCAAGGAGCUGCAUCCGAACGUACAGUUCUUCGCGCCGCUGGGGAAUAAGGAGUGGUUUGUGAGCUGCGGGUUCCAUAAUAUUACGGAAUUGGACUGGUGGGAGAGUCGGGAUGUGAAGUUGUCGUCGACGGCGAAGCCGGCGGUGGCGAAGGUGGGGCAUGAUUUGGCUGGAGAUCAGGGACAGAAUGGGAUUGUGCCCGACAUUGAGGCGACGAUUGGGUGCCUGCCGUGCCAGCAUAUCAGUUCCCGGACGCCAUUUGACCGAGGGCAUACGCUCUGGGGAUCGUGGAGCGUUGAGAGCGGUGGCAAGAAGCUCUGGUUCGGAGGUGACACUGGCUACCGCGGCGUCCCCUCCCUCCCUCCAAGCGAAGACGACUACGGCCCAGAGCACGACUAUCCCCACUGCCCCGCCUUCAAAUCUAUCGGUGAACUCCGCGGGCCGUUCGACCUAGGACUCAUCCCCAUCGGCGCCUACGAGCCACGACAUUUCAUGUCGCCGAUGCACGCGAAUCCAUACGACAGCGUCAACAUCUUCAUCGACACGCAGUGCAAGAAAGCGCUCGGGAUGCACUGGGGCACUUGGGUAUUGACGGGCGAGGAGGUGAUGCAGCCGCCGGAGGUGUUGAAGAAGGCGAUGGCGUGGAAGGGGUUGCCAGAGACGGGAGUGUUUGAUGUGUGUGAUUUGGGAGAGACGAGGGAGUUUGAGGAAGAGCAAUCGGUUGCGAAGUUAUGAUGCGCUCGUUCAAUGACAUAGAGGUCCUUCAUCACGACUGGUUGAAGGCAGGUUGGAUAGGGUGUUGGCCAGUGGAGGACUCGGCUGUGAUACCCAACUUUUAUUUUAUACAAAUUGCUAAUAUCUCUCACCAGGAUUUCCCGGCUCCUAGCUGUUAUAUCCAACUCAAACGCUCUUUAAUCCCAUAAUAACGCCUGCUCCACCAAUCUCCACCAACUCCUCCUCCUCACCCUCACAACUCUGCAAACACCACCCCCAUCACCACCAUCAUCACCAUCGCCACCACCGGCACCCUCCAUGCCACCACCGGCACCCUCCAUGCCACAUCCAUCUUCUCCGCCGCCCCCGUCCCCCCUCCCUGCUCUACCAC